AUGUCCAACACUAAAACUUACAAGGAUGCAUUCGCCUUAUUCGACAAGAAGGGAACUGGAAAGAUCCCUAUCGAGCACUUAGGUGAUUUGUUGAGAGCCGUGGGUCAGAACCCUACUUUGGCAGAGAUUUCCGAGUUGCAGGACUCUGUCAAGCUGAGCGAAUUCGAUUUCGACACCUAUCAGAAUAUCAUCAACAGACCGGAUGGUUUCAAGCCUUUGGGACUUCCUGAGGAUUACAUCAAGGGAUUCCAGGUGUUUGAUAAGGAGCAGACUGGCUAUAUUGGAGUCGGUGAGUUGAGGUACAUCUUGACCUCGAUUGGAGAGAAGUUGAGCGAUUCUGAGGUGGACGAGUUGUUGAAGGGUGUCAACGUGACUCCUGAUGGAAAUGUUGAUUAUGUUGAGUUUGUGAAAUCUAUUUUGGACCAGUAA